AUGACGACUAUGUCUAACAAGACGAAGGGGAAGCUGCCUGAAGUGAUUGACCUUACACAGCAGAGUGCCUUCCGGCCAUACUCGGGCGCCAAAAAGAUCGUGAUCAAGAAUCUCAGGCCACCCACGCAGACCGACAAGACCGAGCAGUAUUAUGAUCGGACACGGCAGCAGCUCAAGGAUGCCCUUCAGUGCAUACUUCGCCACCAGCCUCUCCAACUGCCAAUGGAGAAGCUGUACAGGGGCGCGGAGGAUAUCUGUAGGCAUGAGCAGGGGCAGGAACUAUAUCGGAUGCUACAAGAGCUAUGCGAAGCUCACUUGAAGCAAGCAACCUUGCGAUCCAUCAUCGACAGGUCGCCAGGCCCCUCAAAUAUUGACAUGUUGCGGAGCGUCUUUCUCCACUGGCAGGAUUGGAACAAGGCAGUUAUAGACAUUCGGUCUAUAUUCAGCUACCUCGACAGGACGUAUCUUCUUCGGGAGAGAACGCUGGGCUCAAUCAACGACUUGACAAUCACGCAGUUCCGGAAGAUGCUCUCGUCUUCGGCCAGCAAGGACGCUACCAACCAGACACCUUUUACUCGAUGUCUCCGCGGGGUGUGCGAGCUGAUCGCUUACGAUCGAGUGAAUGACGAUCGAUUCGAUGCUCGAUUACUGAAAGAAUCAGUCCGUAUGUUCAACGUGCUUAACGUCUACCAAAAGUCGUUUGAGCCGGCCUUUCUCCACGACUCAGUCAACUUCUUCCACGAAUUUGCAGAUGAGAGGAGCACAGCAACUCUGAAGGAGUACAUCCUUGCAUGCGAGAAGCUUUUGAAGGAUGAGGACUACCGAUGUAACGCGUACAACCUUGACAGCACGACCAAGAAGCAACUUCUCGAUGCCGCCCACGGCAUCGUGGUGAAGGAUUACUCGGCUAAGCUUCUGGAUGUCGAAAGCUUGUCGAAGCUGCUUGCUGAUCACGAAAUCGAGUCGAUGCGAGCUCUCUACGACCUCCUGCGGUUGUCGGGGAUCCAGGCGAAGCUGAAGGACCCGUGGAAAACCUACAUCCAAGAGGCUGGAGCAGCGAUUGUGGGCAACGUAGAGAGAGGAGACGACAUGGUCAUGAGGUUGCUUGAGCUGAGGCGAGCUCUGGAUUUGGUCGUGCGAGAUGGCUUCAGAGGUGAUGAAGUCUUUGGGUACGAGCUGAGGCAUGCCUUCGGCGCUUUCAUGAACGACCGGAAAACGACUUCGGGGUGGAGCACGGGAACGUCCAAGAUUGGAGAGAUGAUCGCGAAACACAUCGACAUGCUCUUGCGAGGCGGUCUCAAGGCUCUUCCCAAGAGUCUGUUGUCUGACAACAAGGAUCGGGCUGCUGCUGAAAAAAAGCGGGCAAUCAAGUUCAUUGAAGGGAAGGACGCCUUUGAAGCUUUUUACAAGAAAGAUCUGCCCAGGCGGCUGCUCAUGGGCCGAAGUGCGAGCGAAGAUGCCGAGAGAAAUAUGCUUCGAAAGCUCCGGGAUGAGUGCGGUGCCAACUUUACGCGUAAUCUUGAGCAGAUGUUCAAAGAUCAGGAGCUCGCCAAGGAGGAGAUGCAGCACUACAAGCAAUGGUCAGAAGGCACAAAUGCUGAACAACAAGUCGAUCUGCAAGUUAUGGUCAUCUCCGCAGCGUCUUGGCCGACAUAUCCCGACACGAAGCUCAACCUGCCUGAAGGUGCAGCGGCCGAGAUCGAACGAUUCGAGCGGUGGUACAACCACAAGCAUGACGGCAGGAAACUCUCGUGGCCCCAUUCGCUCGCUAAUUGUACGGUCAAGGCCAUCUUCCCGAGAGGCACGAAAGAACUCAUGGUCAGUGCGUUCCAGGCCGUUGUGCUUGUGCUGUUCAACGAGGUCGAUCUUGAGGGCUUCCUCAGCUUCGGACAGAUCAGCACAGCUACGGGACUUGCGGGUCCGGAACUCCAGCGGACACUACAAUCGCUCGCAUGUGGCAAGGUCCGAGUUUUGAGCAAACACCCCAAGGGAAGGGAUGUCAGCGAGACCGAUACUUUUACCAUCAACAAAGCUUUCACUGAUCCCAAACUUCGGAUCAAGAUCAAUCAGAUUCAGCUCAAGGAGACGAAGGAGGAGAAUAAAGCGACACAUGAGCGCAUUGCCGAGGACCGUAAAUUCGAGACGCAGGCGGCCAUUGUGCGGGUGAUGAAGGCGCGCAAGACGAUCGGACACAGCGAGCUGGUGGCUGAAGUGAUCAACUUUACUCGCAAGCGUGGUCCCGUUGACGCCGCCUCCAUCAAGAAGCUCAUAGAGACGUUGAUUGACAAGGACUACAUGGAGCGCGACGGAAACAUGUAUACCUACAUCUCAUGA